UUAGCUGCUUCGUUUAGGGCUCCUGGGAGGGAUUUUUGCGAGGCUCCGACUUCUCCCAAGAAAGAAGAUGUCCUUCGCCAAGACCGUGACGAGCUCGGACAUGGCUGCCAUGGCGAUCCCCGGGCCAGUCUAUGAGAGGCACCGCAACGAAGCUUUCGGCGGCACCGUGGCUCUGGCGCAUGGCGGCAGGGACUGGCAAGUCGACGCAAGCUCCGGAUCCUUCACCACGGGCUGGAAGGAGUUUUGGCUCGGGAAUGCGCUCAACGAGGGCGACUGCCUUGUCUUCCGUCAUCAAUCGGCCGGGCGCUUCGCCCUGGAGAUCUUCGGCAGCGAUGGAUCGGCCAAGGAAGGAGGCGUGGGAGCUCCCGCCUAUAAGAGCGCUUCCUCUUCCUCGGCGCUCAAGCGAUCCAGAGACGAUUUGCCAGCGGCGAUGGAAGUGGUCGUCAAGGAUUGCCUGGUUCAUCUGGAGGACGGCUCCAGCUUGAAGUUCGUCGUCACCAAGAUCCCGCCAGAGGAUCCAGCAGGGGAGCCUUUCACUCCUCUAGUCUCUGCCGCCAAAGCUAGCGAUGCUCUUCCGCGAUCUUCCAGGAUGACGAGGUCCUCCCAGAAGAGCGUUCCAGCAGCGAAAGCACCAUCUCCAGAUGCCAAAGAUGACUCGCCUGCCCCAAAGAAGGCCAAGAUCGAUUCUCCAAAGAGGACGAGGAAGACGAGGAAGCAAGAGGAAGUCUCCAAGAUGGAGUCAUCCAGCGAGAAGAACAAGGAGCCCACCGCCAAGAGCAGUGGAAAGAAGAAGAAGAAGAAUCAGGAUGUUCCUUGUGACUCUCCGGCGCUCCUUCGAGCCGAGGCGUUCAAGGCUACCAUUCCAAGCACCAAUCCAAGCACCGCCAUCGUGAUGAAGAAGAGUUGCUUACAUCCAUGUUAUUACUUGACCAUUCCAAAGGAUUUUGCGGAGAAGCUCCCGCACGAGAACAAGAUGCUGACUGUGGAGAGCAACGCGGUGAAAGAGCCGUGGGAUGUGAAGUGGCUCGCGGCAAACCGAGCUUUCAGUGGCGGCUGGAACAAAGUCGCGCAGUUCUACAACCUGGAGCUCGACGAUGCGUGCGUCCUGGAGGUGCUCAACAAAAGUGGGGUGAGGAUCAGCGUUUUCAAGGCGGAUGGAAGCUCAAGCGUGGCGGCGAAUCAAUCGGCUCCAGCGAUUGCCAAUGGAGAGAUUGGUGGUGAAGUAGCAGAGGCAGGAUUUGCGACUGUUGAUGAAGGCGAUGCCAUCGCUGCAAUGGAGAAGCUUUGCGGGGAUGGCGGUGUGAAGGCGAAAGAUGGUGGCGGUGAAAACGGAGAUGGUGGUGACAACGAGAAUGCAGGACAGGUGAUUUAGAUUUAGAGAAAUUGAGUUUUUGUGACCAGCUUGACUGCCAACUUUGAUUAUUGAAACACUGCACACAAUCUUUUAGAUCAUGAAAUAAAAGAGUGGCUCACCGUCAUCCGAGUA